AUGCCUACCGACGAGGUCAAGCGAGCCAGGAGCACUUCCCCGGUCAAUCGGGAGAAGCUCGAGGCCCAGAUCAAGAGUGCCGAUAUGACCGACGACAUGCAACAAGAGGUUAUUGAAGUGGCUCAGGAAGCAAUGGCAAAGUUCACUGUAGAGAAGGAUAUUGCUCAACACAUUAAGCGCAUCUUCGACGAAAGGAAGGGUCCCACCUGGCACUGCAUCGUGGGCCGUAACUUUGGCAGCUUUGUCACGCACGAGACGAAGCACUUCAUUUACUUCUACCUCGGCCACUGCGCAAUUCUACUAUUCAAGACACAGUAG